AACUUUAUUGUUAACCGAACAGUGAGGUUGUAGUAGAAAUUAAUCAUCUAUGAGCAUCCUUGCAAUUCAAUGAACCGCCGGAAAAUGGAUACUCAACCGCCAAAUCUCAAUUUUCACUCUUUUAUACCACAUUUUUAUAGCUGCCGUCACACUGCUUUCAUCUCUGAUACACACAAAAUUACUAUAUACCAAUAUUUAUUAUUGUUGUUCUUCGAACAUAAUGAGUUGCCAUAAGCAUUUUGCUGUUGAGAUCCUAUGGAUUCUUUUGUUGCUUUCAGAAAGCACUACAUCGUAUAGUUGGCUUUUCUCCAAACAAAGGGGGGAUUCUAGUGAAAACCCUUCAUACUUUCCUGAAGUUUCUCAUGGUAUUGUUGCCGAGUUCUCCAUGGAAAAUUUCAAUAGUGAGAAGGGAGUGACAUUGGUUGAAAAGGCAAUGACAAAGGCUGCUUUGUCUAAUACUUGUUGGCAAAAUGCAUAUCAAAACCUAUUUGCUGGAUGCUCAGAGAUUCUUGCCGGUGAAGAACAGCGGUCUAGGCUGGCUUGGUAUCUUAGUGAUUGCUUUCAGAAGGACACUGGGAGGUCCCCCUUUCCGUAUUGUGAUGUAAAAUCUCGCAUGGUCGAUUGUCUCAAAAGAUUAGGUCAGGAGGCUCAUAGGAUUUAUCUUGAAUUUUAUCUUGAGACCAAUACCAUCUGUCAUCAGUUACAGACUGAUUCAUUCAAGAGACAAACAGAAAGAUUGGUGAAUGAACUUAAGAGAUCUGCUGAAUCUGCAGAGGACAAGCUAGAGAGCAUAGAAGAGCAAGCAGACCGUCUCUUGCAUACUUCAGAUAAUAUUCACAGCUCUUUAUCUUCUAUUGAUAUUCAAACACAAGAACUAGCUCAAACAUCAAAAAAUGUUGAAGAACGUGUUAGUGUCGUGUUGAUGAAUUCACACUCCAUUUAUGAGCAAUCCCUCAAAAUAGCAGAUUCACAAUUGGAGUUGGGUACCCGACAAAUAAAAAUGAAUGAAAAGGUGGAUGAAGGAAUGGCAAUACUCAAUGAAUCUGCCAAUAAGUUGGGUGAAGAAAUGAAUAAUUUAAGGAAAGAAGCCAUUGAAAUAGAAGUAGAGAUUGUUAAAGUUGGCGAUGCAAUGUUUUUAAAGAUGGCUACUUUGCAAAACAAGGCUGAUGAUAUUGAAAACAUGACAGAAACUUCUUUAGACAGGCAAAAGCAACUUCUUGAGACCCAGGCUGAUGCCCUUAAGGUUCUCAAGACUGCGACAAGUUUUCUGACCCUAGCACUAGAAGAAAGCAGGGGAAGUCUGCAACAGUUGAUUGAGCUUGGUUAUAGUCAACAACAGGAACUGGUACAAAAGCAAGAACAACUCAAACAAGCUCAUGAUUAUCUAGUCGAUAACUCAAAUACUAUACUGGCUGCCCAGGAAACUUUUGAGUCAAAGCAAGCAAGCAUGUUUCUUGCCAUCGACAAGCUUUUCACUUUGCACAAUGCAAUUUUGCUGGAAUCGCGUGUCAUUAAAGCUUUCCUUGUCUAUACUAUAUUGAUCUUCACUCUGUACAUGUUUACAAGCACAAAACCAACCUACGAUGUGAGGCCCAAGCUAUACGUAGGUUUAUGUGUGACAUUCUUGAUUGAAUUUGGUGUGCUUCGAUAUGGAAAUGACAUUGAACAAGCAGCAUGGAUUAUUAGCAUUAUUAGGUUAACAUUCGUGCUUCUUGCAUCAUGUCAACUUCUAUAUGCCAUUUACAUGUACAGAGACUUCGAGACAUUAAACCAUCAGAUGCUACAAUCGCUAAUUGAGAAGGUUAAUCGCAUGCAAGGAAAUAAACAACUAUACGAAGAUGAUACUGAGGUUGACUGGUCCUCAUGGGUCGACACAGAUAUAUCCGAAGAUGAACUGGAAGAUCUAGACUAUGUGCUCCCGGAAGAUGUUAGAGAGACUUCAAUUUCCACUUUGGUUUCUAGAGAAUAUAAUCUUCGGCAUCGCCGUUACUAAGUUGAAGACUAUGCAAGUUUUGAGGUUAAGUUGACCAUCUCCGAUAAAGCUGCAACUGGGAAAGAUGGAAGUUGAAAAAUUGAAGCAACGUGCAACUUGGUAUCAAAAAAAUCUUUAUGUUAAGUUGAGGAAUUUUGAAAGCAGCCUCAAGAAAAUAGAUGUAUGCUAUAUAUAAAAAAAGAAAGUUUGACUUUCACCAAUAUCUCUAAUCUAUAUUUAGUGGUCAACUUUGCCCAUAUAGCUAUGCAUGGGGAGAAUAAUGUUGAAAGAAGACUAUGACAGAUAUGGAUGGAUUGCUUUUGAGAUUGUUCAAUACUUAAAGAAAGUCAAGGGUAUACUCAACUUAAGAUA